AUGUCAGCCCACCGCGCCCGUCGUUCAAAGCUAAUUGAUAUCAAUUGCAUGAAGGCUGGGCUGGGGUUCACUAUGUCUGGAGGUGCGGCCUACUACUUCGCAAAGCGGCAGAUCAAUGCCGACCGUCAGGCCAGGCUUGAGGAUCAGCGGAAGAAGAAAACCAUGAUUGAUUCGCUCGAAUACUCGCAGAACGUCCCAAGCCGACCCUUCUCUUCAGCAACCAUGGGAGGCACUGAUCCUGGCGUCGCCCUUAACGGGGGCCCACCUAGGACAGACCCCGUGGGCUCUCCAAGCCAGGAAUCGAGCAGCGACCCAGCGCCAACAAGACAUGCGCCAGCAACUGAGGGGCAGAGGGUUCUAGAAAAAAGCAAGUACGAGAGCAGCACACCGUUCCGGAGCCCCAAAGGCGAUCGCUUCUCCUGAGGGCAGCAGAGGUUGGUGGAAAUGUCUGUCAGGCAUGAUGGAGUUACCGGCAAUGAGAGACAGCAGAUAGUUGCACCGCAGAUCGGGCAUGGCUUGAUGCCAACUUUCUCCCGGUCUCAUAUUGUAUCGCAAUUGCACACUGGAUGUUUUACAGCAACUCGCCUCAGGGGACGGUCUGAAGAAUCCGCACAAGACGGCGCCAUUAGUCAUGAAAACAGCACGUUGGCUUGUACGAAGGCGAUAUUGCUGUUGUUAAUGCGGCGUUCACCAGACACUGGCUUCUGAAGAAGCAACAUGCGGCUGUGUUGAAAGUCAAGAAUUGGAUGCGGAGUUAACCGUGAUGUUAAAAAGAGCUACCCAGAGACACCUCGCUAGCUGCAUAGACUGAAAUGCGCCACAGCGGCCCCACAGUAAAUCCUGG